AUGACACGCUCAAUUCUUGCAUUGGAUGUUACUAAGACGAGAACAUCCCGUCGUAGUUCAAAAUCCUCGAUAACCUCAUCGACAUCAAAUCCGCCAAGCAUUCCCACCAGUCCCACAACAAAAUCCUCGGGAGCAGUCAACAAAAGUGAUCGCAAUCCACGAUCACCCUCCAUAGAUUAUGAGUUGAAUGAUGCACUUCGUUCUUUGGUCGAUGAACUAUGUGACAUAUUCGUUGAUGCCAGGCAAAGAGGAAUGAAUGAGGCACAAACUGUUGAACUUUUGCACAACUAUUUCAAGCUGCAAAACCAGGAUCCCUCACAAAUUUUUGAAUGGUUGCAAAACAAUACACACAAAAAUGAGUACACAACUAUUUUGGGUUAUUUCUACGAUCAAGGUAUAGCAAACGCUAGAAAUCAACGCAAGGCAUAUUGUCUGUACCUUUCCGCGGCGAAGAAGGGAUACAAUUUGGCUCAAGAUUUGUUGGGCGACUGUUAUUAUUCGGGUCAAGGUACAACACGGGAUCGUGAUAUGGCUUUCGAAUGGUACCACAAGGCAGCAGAUAACGGCUGCACAGGAUCACAAUUUAGCCUUGGUAUAUGUUAUGCAGUUGGUCAGAAUGACACUUAUCACAUAAGCAGAAUAUAUAAAGUAAGUAAACAAGCCAAUGACCAUGAUGGAGUUGUAGCGAACACAAAGUUCCAGUAUCCAGAGGUAGGAAACAGAGAGGGCCGUGACAACGAAUUCCAUAAUGAAGAGGGAAUUUGGAAUAACGCUGCCAGACGAAAGGAGGAGAAUCCACACGGCGAUUCCAUAGAGAAAGAAGAUUGGAAGGAUUACAGUGAGGGUGUAAUGGUCAACAUCUGGUAA